AUGCGACUAACAAUUUCACAACGUGAUCGAAAGGACGCCGCGUACGCUGCUUUUGUUCGAAAUAUCGGUAUAGGAACACAAGCCCACACAACAGACGACGGUAUCGAUGCAGUGCCGUUAGCAUAUAUUAAUGAAGUUCCGGACAGCCCGAAAGAUCAGUUUGUCAUCGACAACACGGACUCAUUCGAAGAACUAAUUGACUUUGUUUACCAAGAUAUUCUCACCGCCGACCCUACCGACUUCAAGGCGAGAGCAAUUUUGUCGUCGACAAAUGCCACAAUUGACUUAAUCAACUCCCACGUGCUUGACAUUCUGCCCGGGGACAUGCUAACGGCAUAUAGCUGUGACACAGUUGACCCUCACGAUAAUAACCUUGACUUCGUUGCUACGGCUGAUCUCAACGCAAUCGACGUUUCAGGCGUGCCGCCACAUGCAUUGGAGUUGAAGUUAAACUGCAUGGUCAUGAUAACACGGAACCUCAAUUUCAAGCAGGGUUUGGUCAACGGUCAAAAGGCUAUAGUGCGUGGUUACUCAACACGGAUUGUGCAUGUAGAACUCCUUGAUGGACUGUCCUCUCUAGUUCUGAUACCGCGUAUACGUCUUAAUGCAAAAGUUGGGCGGAACGGGAUCGCUUUCUCGAGGUUGCAGCUGCCGCUUCGCGUUUGCUAUGCCCUAACGAUCAACAAGAGUCAAGGUCAAACUCUGUCCAAAAUCGGGCUUGACUUGCGGUCAGACGUUUUCACGCAUGGGCAACUCUACGUAGCACUCAGCAGGGCGCAGAAGCGAUCGUCGAUUAUGUGCCUCACAUUACCCGCGAGGUUGCGUGGUUCCCUAAACCGUACUGCAUUUGUUGCCAACAUUACCUUUCCAGCUUUCGUUAACGCUGCAACUGACACCAUCACUGACUCACCGCCUCUAC